AAUGUACAUUAAUAAUACAAUAUAAACUACCUCAUUUUGGAAAAUCUAUAAGGAAUUACAAAGAGAUGUUUAACCUAUCUUAAAUAGUAUAUCUCCUCAUUAAAGAAUAAAAGCAAGGUCAUUUGAACUUAAUUCAUCAAAUAUGUUAAUCGAUGAAGUUAAAAUUCCAUCAAUAAUAAAAUCAAGAAAAAUUAUCAAAUCACCUACCAUUCUAACAUAAUUUGGAAUUCCAUACAAAAGAGUUUCAAAAGUAGAAAAGGCAGAUAUUUUAGAAAUUCUUUCAUAAAGAAGUCUUGGAAUAGAUGAUUAAUAUGUUUAACCAAAGAGUUAAAUUAGAAGAGUUACUUAUCAUGAAUUCUAAGGAUAAAAACAAAAACGAUUAAAUAAUUUAGUACCUCAUACUUAAGUUUAUUAACAUUCUCAUGAAGCUGUGAUUGUUAAGAAAAAGAAAAUCAAUCGAUUGAAGAAUUAAUACAGUAUAAUAUUAUAAAAUUAGAAUUUUUAUAGAGAUCUAGAUAACGAAAAACAUUUGGAGAAAAAAAAAGUAAAAGUUGUCCACUUAGAAUUUUACCUAAAAUAACUCAUAAGAGAGCCAAAACUAUUCCAGAUUAAAUUUAUUAAGGUCCACUUCUUCCUAUUGAUUUUGAACUCUAAAGAAAAAUAGCUUUAUUAUGUUUUAAAAAAAGAAAUACAUUAUUAUUAUUUAGAAGAAGAACAUGCAUUCAAGAUCGUAAAACCUUUUUUGUUCCAAAAGAUAAAUUAUUAUUUUUUCAAGAAACACUAUAAUAACAUUUUAAAUAACAAGAAGAUCCAUAUGAGACUUCAGGUGAAUCUUCACCAUUACCUAAUAAAAUAUUAUAAUUUUAAAAAAAAACACUCAAUUUAAAAUCCAAAACAUCAAUUCAUGAAAAACCAUUUUUAACUCCAAGAUACAAUAAUAAUAAUAAUAAUAAUGAAUAUUCCAUCUUUCAUAGAAAGGCGUCUUUUAAUAUCAUAAAUAAGUAUCUCUAAGAAAAAUAAGUAAAAAAUAAAUUUUGCUUAUCUCCUCAAAAUAAAUAAUUCCCUUAAAUACAAUCACCAACUUUAAAAGAAAUUAAUUUAUAUUUUUUAUCAACUAAAAGAAAUACUUACAAUACUUCAAAACAAUCUUAAUAUACUUCAAAACAAUCUUAAUAUACUUAAUAAAGUCAAUUAAGAUCAUAAAUUUCCAUUCAUACUUCUAGAUCUAAUGGCAUAAAAGAAGGGGAUGAUUUACAAUUAAAUAUUACCAAAAGUUAAUAAAUAAGAAAUUUGGAUUUAAAAAAACUCUCUUAAAAUACCUCUAUUCACAUAAAAACUUAACCAUUUGAAAAUAAAGGAACUAAAACCAAAUAAUUUUAUUUAUAAAAAUUAAAACCAUAUUAUUAGUGA